AUGGGGAUGUUCUCGGACUGCUUCCCGAUCUUUGGGUACCCCCGCACUGAAGUCCGAUGGGACGUCACGUACUCGUUCAUUAUCUCGUACGGGAGCAAGCUAUUUGCGUUGGCAUGGCUGUGGAUGCUGCCUCCCCAGCGUGGUCCCAUGCAAGAACUCAAGAAGAAGGGCGGCAAGAGCACGUUCGCCGGCAUCCUCCUCAUCGUGCUCUUCGUAUCAUGCCUGGCGUUCUCGGUCACUUCGAGCAUCAUGUCAAUAUUCCCGUCGACCAAAUGCUACCGCAUUGCGGGCGGCAACGGCAAGCUGGACGCCACCACGGGCAAGUGCCCUGACGUCAGGGCCUAG